ACUUUUAUUGUGGGCUCAUUUCGUUCACACGAUUUCAACUGUUUGCAUACAAUAACAACUCGAGGUUAAAAACUACAAGUGAAAAAAUGAAGUUUCAACAGACAAAUUGUCGAGUGCCGAUAGUUAGAAAGUGCUGUUUCUGCGUGCCAAUACGCAGGGGAAUAACCAUAUUUGGAUAUGUUAAUUUGGCACUGUCUCUGCUCUCUCUACCAUUACUGGUGAUCCUUUUGGUGGAGCAGGUCGGCGUUGACAAGACGUUGGAUACAAGCCACAUCGAUCCCCUGGUUCACCUGCCUUUGACCAUCACCUUCAUAAUUGUAGAUGUUGUAAUGACCAUAUUGUUAUUGAUUGGAGCUCAUAAGAAAAAGAAAUGUUUGUUAAAGGCGUACUUGUAUUUUGGAAUAGUUUUCCAGCUUGUUACGCUGCUGGUGGACCUGGUGUACUUCGAUUACAGAGAAUACGUCGAGAAUACAAUUUACUUCUUUUUUUUAGGUUUAAACGUGUAUCUACUGUUCCUGGUGUAUAGCGUUGUUAGGUUGUUAGAACAAAAUUCCGAAGUGCAAUACGUAGCGCAUCGGCACGAGGUCGUCUGAGCAUCGUGAAUCGAACUCUUCGGCUAUUUGUAUUUAAGGUUUAAUUUAAUUUAAGCUCAAGCGAUGCAACUACAGCGUUUUUUUAAACAACAAAUACCCCAUAAUCUGUAAGCGAAGUGAUGCAAAAGCAAAAUGUCCUCCUUCUUAAAGGCGACAGUUUAAAAAACUUCAUAUGUUCUGAAUAUGUUCCCUGGGAGACUGGAACCGUGGCUUCGAUCUUUAAGCAGAGGUGUCUUUCAAGAUUAUUAUUUUCCUACCUAUGUUAAUAGCCUUGAGAGGCUAUUUCAGCUUCUCCUUGACGUGUAGGUGAGCUCACGGGGCUCAAACUGG